AUGGAGAAAACUCCCGAUUGUCUUCCCUAUAGCCUAAAUAUUCCCACUCCCUUCGGCUAUCGCCCCUCCCUUGUGGCCGGUAUAAUCUUCAUGAUCCUCUUCUUGGGGGUAACAAUUGUCCAUGUGUGGCAGGCCUUUCGGCAUAGAAAUAUCUGGCUUGGGCUAGCCUUCUCCCUAGGUACAUUCGGCGAACUUGUCGGAUGGUUAGGCCGUACCGUGGCGUAUCGCUGUCUGUAUUCUGUCAAGCUGCUCGAGAUGCAACUGGCCGCGUUAAUCAUGGCCCCCGCCUUCACGACAGCCGGCAUCUACGGUGUCCUGGGCCUGAUGAUCCCAAUCAUCGGACAGGACAAGUCCCCCUUGCAGCCGAACCUCUACCUCAUCAUCUUUAUGAUGGUUGAUUUCUUCAGCCUCCUCCUCCAGGCCGUCGGCGGUGGUCUUGCUGGCGCUGCCUUCAGCCAGAACAGCUCCCCCUGGCCGGGAACUUACACGAUGGUAGCUGGGAUAAUCUGGCAACUGGUCUCAACCUGCGUCUUUGCUACAUUGGUUGAGUACGUACCGUGGCCUAGGACCGAUUGCGCAGAAUCAAGCCCUGCGGCGGAUCUCGCUGUCGUUGAUGAUUGCGGUUACGUGUAUGGUGGCGCGGGGCGUGUAUCGGAGCAUGGAGUUGAUGAAUGGGUGGCGAGGGUAUCUGUUUACGCACGAGGUGUAUGCAAUUAUUCUCGAUGCGGCAUUGAUGUUCAUUGCAAGUUUGGUGCUGUGUGUUUGGAACCCAGCAGCUUUGGUCCUGGAUGCGAGGGAGAAUGCAAGAAGGAUGCAAGCUGGGGUGGAAUUGAGAUGUGA